GUUUUGCUCCACAGGCUCAGUUAAAGAGCAAGUGAAUGCCAGAGAUCACCUCGCCUGCACUUUCUCAAUGAUUUACCUCAGAAUUUCCUCCAUCUCUAUGCAUGUUUGUGAUUGGGACAGAGCUCCCGUGGUUCAUAGGAUGUAAGGACAUGUGCAUCUUUUAAACGGAAGUACAGAAGCUAAAUCACACAGAAAAGAGGAAAGAGAAGGAUUUUUACCGACUAACUGUACCGGUGAAGAUGAAUGUUCUGGAGGCUUCAGGAGACCCAGAGGGAGAAGGCAGUGACUACUUAACAGGAAGGAAGAAGUCUAGGUUAAAGUCUUUUAAGUCACGCCUGUUUGGGAAGAUAAGGAGGAAAGAAGAUGAUGGUGGUAUGAAGCAGAGUCAGUCUGAAAGUGACAUCUCAUGGAGUGUGGAAGACUCAGAUUGUUCCAAAAGCAUGCUGGGGUCCCGGGCAUUUUCACAUGACAGCAUUUUUCAGGCAGAGCACAGUCAUUCAGACCCUGAACCAGUAAGAAUUCUGUCUCAAGAGAGCAUUCAUGGCAAAGUUCGAGCUCUGCAGAUGAAACUCCAGCAGCAGAAGCUGAAUUUAGGUCCUCCCCCCCUUCUGUUGCCCAUUAAACGGCGUGAAGACUUAGGUGGAAGUUCAGAAGAUGAUGGCCUUCCUCGUAGCCCCUCUGAAGUAUCCCGCGGUGAAGGACUAUACAUGAGCAUAUCGGACAAGUUUUCUGUCCCUCCAAAGAACCAUAGCACCUUGAGCUUAGCUGGAACAGGAAGUGAGGAGGAAGAACAGGCCUCUGGCUCAGUGGAUUUUAGCACUCCCCCACAGUUCACUUCCCUCCUGGACAACUCUGCUGCCCGUCACCGUAUGUCCCUCAAACCUAAGAACCAAAGAGCCAGUGCCAAGAACAAGAGGGCGACCACUUCGGCUGGAAGCAGAGCACGAGCUGAGAGUUUAAACAAUCUGGACCAAUCACUGACUACUACGGAGGAAGAGACUCUCGUAAAAGAGAUACCUCGCGCUCGCUCGUAUUCCUCACAGGUCUUACGGGGGGAGAGGCUUACGACUUCACAAAUCAAUAGUCCAGUUCUAGUGUCACCUUUAAUGUCUCUGCAUACUGCUGGAGAUAGUAGAAAAGUUUCUGCUGAACCUGAGCUUGAGAGAAACAUCCUGUCCACAUCACCUCCAAGCCCUAGCCUACGGGAAACGACUCCAGCUGUGUCACCAGUUGCCAAACUGCCAAUCCCAGUGGUGCCAAUUGACAAAAAGGGAAAAGCAGAAGUGAGUGAGAUGCCCAGUAUCUCCAAACUACUCAAGAACAGCCAAAGUACCAUUGCGUCAACUGUAAGCCCAACUGUAAGACCAAGUGUAACUACCACACCAGAAUUGAGUCCUGUGAAGGAUGAGAAAUCUAAUGAUGUGCUAAUAGAAACCAAGACUGACAAAUACAGUGUUCAGAAUGCAGUAAAUAUCGAAAAUCGCCCAGCCUCUGCUUUUGCUCCAACCAAUGUGAUUUGUGGAAUAAAUCUGAGACCAUCAUCUUUGAGGAGAAAUAUACCUUCCACAGAUGAAAAACAAAAAAAAGAGUCUGGGACUCUUCAGCCAGUUAGCACAGCGUUGGCUAUUAGUCAUGAAGAUCACACUCAAACAGAAUCCAUAAAACGCCAGAGAACUGUGUCUGGAUCAUUCCACUUCAGUGUCUCCUCAGACAAGAAUCAAGAGCGGCCAAGGACUGCAAGCUUCACUGGAGUGGUUGGACAAGCUGGACUAAAAAAAGAGCCUCCAUCUCCUGUCAAACCUCCUUUAAAUUUCAAGAUAGAGCGGCAAGUAAGUUCACAAGUUGAGAAAAUGAUAAAAGACACAUGUCCUAACAUGCCACCAACUUCAAAGAAGGAAGACAAAACGGACACUUCUCCAGUGAUGCCAACAAAGUUCACAGAUCUACCAAAAAGUCGCCCUCGGGCCUUGGAUGUGGAGGAGAGUCAGGACAACGAGAAGCAGGAGAUUGGGUUAGAGGCUACUGAAGAAGGAGUACAGGAGGUGGAGGUGGCAGAAGAGGCACGUGAGGAUGUGAUGGAAGACGUGACUGUGGGAAAAGAGAGAGAGGCUACAAAUGCAUUUGGAGUGAAGCUUCGCUCUACCUCUCUUUCACUAAAAUUUCGCUUGGACAAAGCUCAAUCAGAAGACAAAGUAAAAUGCCACAGUGUUGAAGUCAGUGCACCGAUUUCACCUUCGGCCUCACAGUCUGAUUCAACCAGCUAUGUGGAACCUGAAGACCAGUGCAUUGGCUUGGAGUCUACAAGAGUCCAUGCUGAACUCAAAGACCCUCCUCUCCAAACCGAUGCAUCCUCAACUUCAGUUCAUUCCUUCGGUUCACCACCUAAGAGCUUCUGUAGGGACAAUGAGAGAGCUGGCAUCCUCAGACAGGCUGAACCUGCUCAGCCCUCAUCAUCAGCCAGCAAAUCCACUAAGAUUGUACCUUCACCAGCUAAAGAAGAUGCAGACUUGCCUCCAGAAGAGACAACAGCGGUAUACUCUCAGGAGAGCGCACCAACAUCUACAGCUUCAGAGGUGUCCUGGAUGGAGAUGGCCAGAGAGAAGACCAGAAGUCUCCAACAGCUCUUUACCAGUAGGCUACCUGAGUUUCCUAGCUUGCAAUCACGACCAACAACCUUAACCACAACACAACCACAAAGCCAAACGUCCACUUUACAAGCCAAUCCAAGAAUCACACAGACCAUUUCAAGCCAGCCGACGACUACACAACCUCUUUUGAGACCUCCAGAAACAAAACCAUUGCCAUCUGCACAGCAUUCUGGAAGAUCAACACAAUCUACCACUCAGAUGAUGCAAACUCAGACUAAAACAACAACAAGCCAGCCUUCGGCAAAUUCAACUCAGACUACCACUAGUCAAUCUCAAAUUGACAGUGCCAGAGAAGUCCAGUUUCAGUCCAAGUCUCAAAUUUGUAAUUCGACAACAAAACCAACCCAGUCUACAGUUACAUGCACAUCCACCACACAAACCACCACUGUAUACACAGCAAAACAGCCAUCACAAGCGUUGGCACCACAGACACCACCCAUCCAGCCAUCAUCACCACUGCGAGCAGCAUCACAGACCCCCACACAAGCUAUACUGCGUCCCACACCACCCCCAGGUUACCCACAUCUAUCGUCAAGCCCAAAGUUAACGUCCCACCUAGUGUCCCAACAGUCUGCCAAUACUGUCUCAAAGGAUCAGCCUCAGAAUGAGGAGAGAGAGCCCACUGUAUUCUCAGGGAAAGCUGACAGGGCGUCUGCGUCUCAGGGGAAGGGGACUAGGCCUGAAGAUGGCAGACCAGUGUGGGCAGCAGGAUCAGGAAACAAGACCUCGCUCUUACAGCGCUGGGAGAACCAAACAACUGCGGCAACCAAGACAGGUGAGCAGAAAUCCACAGCAGACUCCCAAACCACAUCUCAAUCUACAGUUCCUCUCAGACCGAUCUCAAAGGUCUCAGGCACAGGAUUCGACUCAGGUUUGUCAAUGCAAGCAUCAGUCUCUUCUGUUCCCACGAUGUCAGCAGACAGAGAGAAUAAAUGGCAGCAGAAAUCAGUGCCACCUUCAUCAUCAUCUCCUCUGCAGUCUGUCCGUGACAGUGCCCAACCAUCCUGGAUGGAGCUGGCCAAGAGGAAAUCCCUGGCAUGGAGUGAUAAGACUAUGGACUAAAAAAACAUUUAUAUGCACAUGGAGGAAGAAUUUACAAGUGCAAGAAAGAACUAUUAAGGGGUUGGAUGCUGAGGUUGGAGGAUCUGAGGGCAUUUUCAUGCUACCGGUUCCUAAGUUGCAUCCAAGCAAUUGUACUUGAGUCAGAGGUUUGCUCCAUGUGAACUUCAGUAGACUUUGAAGUUGAUGUUAAAACAGUGUGUUCUGGAAGUGAACCACUAUUGCUUGUGUAUAUUAUUGAAGGAAAGUUGCACAUUCAUUUGUCAGUAAACCUCCUAAUAGUCUCCAUGUGAAGUAUGAAUGUAUGCACAUGAGAUAAGUACCAACGAAACAAAAAGGAGAAGUUAAUAUUGUGAGCUUUAAAGUCAUGUUCUCUUGCAACUCUGGCUAACAGCUGCUGGUAAUGUAUUUUGUAAAUGCACCACAGUGCAGCACAAUAGAAAACACUGAGAAAGUAGAUCAGAGGUGGAAGGGGAGGGAAACAAAUUCAGGUUCAGACUCAAUCAAAAGCACCCUGAGUGAGAUCUCAGGAACAGAAACAUAUGGUACCGUAUGUUUUACCCACUCACGAGUGUAGACACACAACAACAAUAUACAGUAAUUGUCUCCCAUGUAAUAUGUUGCUCAAUGUUUCUCAGGUUUAACACAUUGUAUCAUUGUUUUCUAGUGAAAAUAAUUCAUUUGAUUGUUUCCUUUCCAAUUACAGAUUUUAUUUAUUUCCAUGAAUUCCAUCCGAGAAUUUGUAUGUAUUGUCACAUUGUAUCAUCUGUUGAUUUUCUGACACCUAUUAAGUUUGAAGACUAUUAUUUUAUGUUAAAUUAUGUGACUGUAAGAAUAUUUCAAAUUACCUUGAGAUUGCUUUUGAAAAUACCGACUUCCUUGGCCAAU